UCUCUCUGUUCUCCCUCUUUCUUCAUCUCUCUGGGAAAACAUAUAUUACAUAUAAUUUACAUAUAUAUUGGCGGUUGUGUCAUGGCGAUGGCGGAUUCGCCUGAGGCAGUAGUCAUCGCAGGCGCCACCACAAGCCCCCGCGCGGACUCAGAUCUCAACCACACGCUACGCCGCAGACCCUCGGCCUCCACCGUGGCGGAAUCCGAUUCUUUGAACGAUUUGGUUAGGGACUCCGGCGGUGAUGACUCGGUUGGCGCCAAAAUCGGCGGCGGGGGCGAUAACUGCCGUAUUGGAGGCUCUGACGGCUCGGCUGAGUCCGUCAAUGCUGUUCAAGACAAGAAGGGACUCGGCGAGAAUGAUCGGGGCGGUGAUCCCUCGGCUGUGAAAUUCGCGUAUCGGCCGUCCGUUCCGGCUCAUCGGAGAGUUAAGGAGAGCCCUCUCAGCUCUGAUGCCAUCUUCAGACAGAGCCAUGCAGGUCUCAUCAAUCUGUGUAUAGUAGUACUUGUUGCUGUAAACAGCCGGCUAAUCAUCGAGAAUUUAAUGAAGUAUGGUUGGUUAAUUAAAACUGGUUUCUGGUUUAGUUCAAGAUCAUUGCGAGAUUGGCCACUUUUUAUGUGCGGCCUUACUCUUCCUAUCUUUCCACUUGCGGCCUUUGUAGUUGAGAAGUUAGUGCAACAAAAGUGUAUAUCUGAAGCUGCUGUUGUUUCUCUUCAUAUAGUCAUUACAACAACUUCAAUUUUGUAUCCGGUUGUGGUGAUUCUCAGGUGUGAUUCUGCAGUUUUAUUUGGUGUUGCAUUGAUGCUCUUUGCUUGCAUCGUGUGGUUAAAACUCGUAUCUUAUGUGCACACAAACUAUGAUAUGAGAGCACUUCACAAAGCAGUUGAGAAGGGGGAUGCCACACCUAGUUCUCUGAAUACAGAGUACCCUCAUAGUAACAAUUUAAAAAAUUUGGCAUACUUUAUGGUCGCUCCAACAUUAUGUUACCAGACUAGUUACCCUCGCACAGCAUGUGUUCGAAAAGGUUGGGUGUUUCGUCAACUUGUGAAGUUGAUCAUUUUUACUGGAGUGAUGGGAUUUAUAGUAGAACAAUACAUUAACCCGAUUGUCAAGAAUUCAAAACAUCCUUUGAAGGGGGACUGGUUAUAUGCCAUAGAGAGGGUUUUGAAGCUUUCAGUUCCCAAUUUAUAUGUGUGGCUAUGCAUGUUCUAUUGCUUUUUCCACCUCUGGUUAAAUAUACUUGCUGAGCUGCUUUGUUUUGGUGAUCGGGAGUUCUAUAAAGAUUGGUGGAACGCAAAAACUGUUGAGGAGUAUUGGAGAAUGUGGAAUAUGCCUGUUCAUAAAUGGAUGGUUCGCCAUAUCUAUUUUCCAUGCCUACGCCACGGAGUACCCAAGGGAGUUGCCAUCGUAAUCGCCUUCCUAGUAUCUGCCGUAUUUCAUGAGCUAUGCAUAGCUGUUCCCUGCCACAUUUUCAAGUUGUGGGCUUUUAUCGGAAUUAUGUUCCAGGUACCACUUGUCUUGAUCACAAAUUACCUGCAAAAUAAAUUCAGAAACUCGAUGGUGGGAAAUAUGAUCUUCUGGUUCAUCUUUUGCAUUCUUGGUCAACCGAUGUGCCUGCUUCUGUAUUACCACGACUUGAUGAAUCGGAAAGGGAAACUCGACUGAAGUUUUGAGUCUCUGUCUAAGUAGGGAUCGAAUCGCUCUGGAAGCGGUGUUGCCUUCCGAUAAGCCGGCUUUCCUCCUUCGUCCAAGGCAACUCUAACUUAAGCUGCUUCCUCUGGUUUCAACGUUUUCAUGUUCCAUACGUUUUUCAUCUUUUUUUUAUAUAUAUUUUUUAAUUCAAUUGAUUUUAUAUACAAUUUUGAAUAUCUUUCUCUAACAGUGAGUAGA